UCGAAAAUCUGAAAAAUGUUUCCUGAGCCGCUUUAUUGUUAAUUUUGAAAAACAAAAAAUAAAAGCUUUGAUCAGGCACAAGAUUAUCCAUUAAUAAAAUUAAUGAUUCUUGUCCCAUUGACUUAAGAAGAAUCUCCAGGGACUUGUGAUGAUCACCGUAAGGAACUUCUGGAGAAACGGGCUCCACACAAACAGCAAUAACUUUUACAAUUAGUAAUUGGGGGAGAUGUACGGUACCAUAGACAGGGCUAAUUUGUUGGGGCGGCAACCCUUGGUCGGGAAAAACCCGAGUCACUCCGGUAACGUGGAACCGGAUAUCAUGGCAAUGUCCGAUAACUCUCCUUUCUGAAGUAGUGAAGACUCUUGAAGCCCUCCUACUCCCACUCUACACGAAACAUCUGAACCCAGCCACACAUCAGCAUAGCUUCCGGUGGGUGGACAGUACCACCACAGCACUCACCGUCAUAACACUCAGAUAAACCGCGGGCUCCACCAAAACCGCUCUGCGAGAGAACUGUCUUAUUUUAUUAUGGUGUUAUUAUGAGGUCUGAGUACAACAUUCUAAAUAUUGUUAUUAAACGCGAUAUCAAAGCUGGGAAAAAGUCAAUUGCAGUUCUAUUUUACAUUGUUAUAAAGCGGAAUUUUCUUAAAUAUCUUCCGCUAGUCGAACAAUCUGUUCCUUGAAGCUGGCAAUUGGGCUCAAUAUUUCGAGUGAUGCAUUAACUUAGUUUCGAUUACAACUAUUAUGUAUGUAUCAAACCCGAAAGGGGUAGGUGUAACCGUGUGUCGAAGUAUAAUAGUAAUAGAUUGAGGUGUUUUUUCGUGCAAACUAUGUGGCAAAAUAAUAUCGUUAAUAAGCAAAUAAAGCUUCAGCUGAAAAAGUUACAUUCAAGGUUUGAAAGUCCUUUUCAGUAUUUAAAUAUGUGUGUGCCGUUAGAAUUGUUCUCCUCGUUUGAUGUAUCGCGAGAAUUUUGAAGAUUAACUAAUACGCCAGAUUUAUACCGAGGACGAGUACGUAUACUCAAAGAAGCUUAUAAAACGAUUUGAGAAGCUGCUGAUAAUUGGUUUUCAGAUGAAAACAGCGGAAGCUGUCGUUAAAUUUUUCAGUGGAAAUGACAGAUUUUUUAAUCUGAAAAGAGUAGUUUGUUAAAUAUAUACAUAUGAUUAUAUGUAUAUACGUAGCUAUUAAAAAAUACAACUAAACCUCAAGAAAAUAGUGUUUUUAUCCUGAUAAAUAAUAUUAGCUAAAUCCGCUAGUAAAGGACCGAAAAGAUGCCACUGUUUGGCAAAAAAGAUUCAAGCAAGAAGAUGAAAAAGGAAAACAAAGACCUUAAUAAGCAAACAUCUAUAGAGGAAAAAUAUAACCUCCAUGGAUUGCUUGGGACUGGAGCAUUUUCUGAAGUGCGGCUGGCUGAAAGCAAAGAAAAUCCCGGAGAACAUUUUGCAGUUAAAAUUAUCGAUAAGAAAGCGCUGAAAGGGAAGGAAGAAUCACUUGAAAAUGAAAUUCGGGUACUUAGGCGGUUCAGUGCCAAUGAUCCCGAUAACGGACCUCGGUUAACGCAUCCCAACAUCGUACAACUCUUGGAGACAUUUGAAGACAAAUCGAAAGUUUAUUUGGUAAUGGAAUUAGUAACUGGUGGUGAACUAUUUGAUCGCAUUGUUGAAAAAGGCUCAUAUACCGAAAAAGAUGCGUCCGGUCUUAUAAGACAAAUUUUAGAAGCUGUCGACUAUAUGCAUGAGCAAGGUGUCGUCCACAGAGAUCUGAAGCCAGAAAAUCUUCUUUACUAUAGCCCAGAUGACGGUAGUAAAAUAAUGAUAAGUGAUUUCGGGUUGUCAAAAAUGGAAGAUUCUGGUAUUAUGGCUACAGCAUGUGGCACACCUGGUUACGUGGCACCAGAAGUUUUGGCACAAAAGCCGUAUGGAAAAGCAGUGGAUGUGUGGAGCAUAGGAGUUAUAUCAUAUAUAUUACUCUGUGGUUAUCCGCCGUUUUACGAUGAAAAUGACGCCAACUUAUUUGCUCAAAUUUUAAGAGGUGAAUUCGAGUUUGAUUCGCCGUAUUGGGACGAAAUAAGCGAAUCGGCAAAACAUUUUAUACAAAAUUUAAUGUGCGUUAAUGUAGAAAAACGUUACACCUGCAAACAAGCUUUGGCACAUCCUUGGAUUUCCGGUAAUGCUGCGAGCAGUAAAAAUAUUCAUGGCACAGUCUCAGAGCAACUUAAGAAGAACUUCGCUAAGUCACGCUGGAAGCAAGCAUACUAUGCCGCCACCGUCAUUCGACAAAUGCAACGUAUGGCGUUAAGUAGUAACAGUAGUAAAAGUAAUCUAAUACCAACGGAGAGUAGACAAGUAGGCAGUAGUAGUUGUGUGAGUCCUGCAUUAAGUGAAACUCUUAGCAGCUGUAACGCCGAGGGGGUAGGCUGUACAAAUACCACUAACACAACCAAUAUCAGCUGCUGUUUGAAGUCGGGUCAACCGACGAUGGCCCCAAAUGAAAACAAACUAGCCACCAUAGCAGGAAUGGAUGACCAACAAACGAAAAAAGAUUAUGACAAAGUUAUGAAUCGGCCCAGCUGUAGUAAAGGCAGCUCGCCUGCUUGUGUAAAUGGUAGAGAACAAAACAAGAAAACUUGAAUGAAUGUAUCUGAAAUAAACAAAACAGCUCUAUUAAUGUAAAGGAAAUUUCAAAAUUCAUGAUUGUAUAAUAGUGUAGAAAGAUAAGCGUUUCUUUACUCACUGAAAAUUUUUCAAUAAAUAGCGAGCUGUUGCGGAAAAGUUGUCAGUAUAAAGUCGUUACAACGACUUUGAGGAUUAUUUAUUGUCGACGUAAAUACAUUCGAAAAAGUAUAUCAAAACACAGUUUACUAUGUCAAUCAAUACAUGAAGGAUAUGCUUGAUGUCAUCGAGUCUGUAAGGCAAUGAGACUAUACAAACAGACUCGAAGAGGACACUAGGUUGUCACACCUGUCGCUUACGGAAGUUCAAAAAAAUCGUGAGUACUCAACUUUUUCUAAACUCAUUUUGAAGUUGAUAUCACAAUAUUUGAAUGUUAACAACAAAAUCAUUAAGAAAGAGCACCAAUUUCUGUCAUUUUUUUGUAGUGUGGAUACUAUUUUUGUCAAUAAUUACUGAGCAGUUCACGUUUGUGCCGAAAAAACAGGUUUUUUACUCAAAAAUUCAUUACUCAAAAACAACUGAUUUUAGCAACUGGGCAUUCAACUCAAUAGAAGUUGGAGGUGUCCUCAUGGCUUAACAAAAGUCAAAAAAAAAUACACUUUUUGAAAUAUUGAAUUUCGAAAAAAUUUCGCACUUUUUGGUUUUUGCAAAAUAAAAAAUUUUCAACUACCUUUUUGCUUUUAUUUGUACAUGAAGUCGAUCGUGCACGAUCGUCAACGAUCAUGUUGAACCCAGAAUCAUUAAAAUCGGUUAUUUUUUGACUAAGUUAUGAGCAAUUAAAAAAAUGUUUCUUAUAUAAUUAAAAAAAUCGAUUUUGAGCCGAAAAACAAGAUUGCUGAUAAAUCUUGAAAAAAAAAUUUUCGGGCGAACAAAAAAUACGUGUCUCAUUAUUUUGACUAGAGAGCAACAUAUUUGAGUUACAUCGAAAUCGAAGAACAUGUCAUCAUCACAAUGUUUCGCGUAGAUACGGAGUGAUAUAUUAGUGAGGGUGAUGUUUUCUUGGCAGCGUAUUCAUUCCCGGCAUCUUCCCGUAUUCAUGGGAAUCCGCAAAAGUUUAAUAUUGAAGGAAGGGGUUUUAGUAGCGACUUUUAUCGUAUCGCGCAAAGAGAAUUCUCUAGGUCAUGAACAUAGCUCUAUAUGUUUCAUAUUCAAGUAUACCUUUAACAAUGGUGCAAGCAUCACCACCCUCUAUACCAUUACUUGUAAUACUGCGCCAAGCAUUUGUUUGUUGCAGGGUUCCCUUGAGAUAUCGAACUUUGCAUUUGACCACGUUAACGUGCAUUGUACAAUACAAUACACUACAAUAUCGUGCAUUGUAGCGUCACCUCGCAACACGAUAGCGCGCAGACCACGAGUUUUCUGGCUGAGCGAUAUGUUACAAAUGAAAAAUUAUGCUUUCAAAUAUCCAGCCAACAAAACUUUAGCAAGCUAGAUUUUCGAAUAGGUAACAGCUCGUCGAACUUUCUAUCACUGCAAAUACGCAAAUAUCCAAAUAGCAUGUAAACAAAGAACGCUUCGGGGAGAAUCGAUUAAUUUUAUGCAGUGAAUUUCGUUGUUGGAAACGGUACAAAAUAUUACCAAUCAACCAGAUAACCUGGGUGAAUACCCUACUCCUUUUGUUAUCUAAAGGAUUUUCCAAUAACAGGUGUUAUUUAAAUAUAUAAAAGGCUAUCGAGAGAUUAUUAACGAUUUAUUAUGGUCGGAAUUGGAGGGUAUUGAUCUGGACAACGUUUAUUUUCAACUAGACGGCGCUACGUGCCACACAAGCAACGAAACCAUUGAUCUUUACCGGAAAAGUUUCCGGACCGUGUUAUCUCUGGAAGAGAUGAUCACAAUUGGCCACCGAGAUCUUGUGAUUUAACACCCUGUGACUUUUUUCUUUGGGGCCACGUGAAAGAGAAGGACACCUGGUUGAGGCUGAGCCGCCUCUCAGGCACGGCAGGAGGCACCUCAUCAAUUACGCUGACGAGAUCAAAGACAAAACAGAUCGACAAUUACUGGACCAGACAGUGUACACACAGUCUAUAACCGACAUUCAUGGGGGACACUUACCAUCAAACCCACUCAUCUAACACCCCUCUCCAUCUGGACCCAACUUGUCGAAACAGCAAGUUUCCUGGGUCUACCGUUAAAUGAGCUAGACGAAGACGGCCGGUGAUCUACACCACACUGGCAGGGUUAAGUAUACUGCUACAACAACAAUAACAACAACAAAACCUUUCAAAGUAGUCUUAACAGCUGGUUGCCAAUUUUGCAGCUUAUCUGCCAUAUGUGAAUGGGUGUGGAUUUAGUGCUAAUCACUGCAUAUGUGAACGUACUUUUAGACUUUAAUGUUAAUAUAGGGUUUUCCAAUAAGGAGUGUUAUUUUGAUAUUCAAAGAAAAAUACUAUUUUUUAAUAAAUAUAAAUGAUCGGAUGUUUAUUUCAUUAUAAAGAGGAAGGUAUGCCGUUAAUAGUGGAAAAUAACAUCAGGCAAAUGACCACCACGACCACGCUUGCAGGACAAUAUCCUUUUCAUGAAAAUUUCCAUAACUGAAUUGCAAAGUGGCUGCCCUGUAUCCUCGAUAGCCUCACAACUUUUCCGCAACAGCUCGCUAUUUAGUGAAAAUUUUUCAGUGAAUAAACAAACGCUUAUCUUUGUACACUAUUAUACAAUCUUGACUUUUGAAAUUUCCUUUACAUUAAGGGGUAACACCACUGUAGAAAUUUCAAAAAAUUGAUUUUUUUUUUAUAAGCUUAAAAAAUUCUUUGAACCUUUUAAAAUACAGAACAAAAAGUUUUAUAUGUUACCGAAGUUUAUUUCAUAAAUAUUUUAAGCCUUUAAGCAAGCGUUAGUGACUGCUACCUAACAAUUUCUCCAAAUUUCCAAACUUUAAACGCAUUUUUCUCAAAACACGUUUUCUGAAAUUGGCACACAGCAUAACUCAAACAAUUUUAAAUAUUUUUAAUCAGGUUUUUCACUACGUCUAUAAUAACCUUCUUGAGAGAAGAGCGUAGGGUAUUUUCGAUAGAUUUAUUUAAACGAUUGUUAUAAUUAUUUAAAAGCCGUUUUUUUAGACCAAAAUAGAGUUUUUUCCUUCAAAUGCUUGCUAAUUCCACAAAAAUAAAUAUUUUUUAAAUCCCCUACGUGUUUCUCUAGCUAUUCUUAUCUAGAUUAAGAAAAAAAAAUUUCCUUGUUCCAGAUUAAAAUUUGCACCCUCUGUGAUGCGUGCCGCGGAGCUCCUUCAAGAGAAACCACAUUACAAAAAUGUCUCCAAUGCCGCCAUUUUGUAAAAUUUUUCGAUCAAACUUUGUAGUUUUGUAUUUUAGUAUAUAAGUAAUAACUUCCCAAAUCAGAGUGAUUGUUUUCCCUUUCUUUCUACACAAAAAAAUUCUUUUAAAAUCGUGUUUAUUUUACGCGUGUAGAGUGGUGUUACCCCUUAAUAGAGCUGUUUUGUUUAUUUCAGAUACAUUCAUUAAAGUUUUCCUGAAAUUUAAACAACUUUUUUCGGUGAGCUAUUUCUCGUAGUUCAGGAACUAUUUCCUUUUAUAUAGCGUUGAUAUUUCUUUUCAUUAAACUGAAUAAACAAUUUUUUUUUUUAUUGAAACGUUAUAAAUAUUUAAAUGCAUUUCAUUCUAUUACACCUAGUUCACAACUAUCAAGUUAUAUUAGUUUAUAAAAUUCGACAUUAUUUACAGGAAAUACGUAUAUAACUGGAAGACAGCUGACAGAAAUUUACAUAUAUUUGUCAGUCAUCAAAAUUUCUGGAACAAGAUCAUUUGGUUUUUUUCGUUAAGUCUCCGGCAUUGGUCAUCUAAAUUGGCAAGUCGCCGAGCCUCCGGGUUAGUAUGUUUUUCGAGCCUUUCGGCAUGAGCUACAGCGUAAUGUUUGACAACUUCUGAUACUAAUGACAUCUUGAGGUCACAAUGUAAAUCAGUGUUCCUCACAUACCAUUGUGCGUUUACUGCGUUCUUUAGAAACUUUUUUUGAAAUCGUUGUAUUUUUUCAAUAUGAGUUGGUUUGGCACAGCCCCAUAGCUGUAUACCAUAAGUCCACACAGGUUUAAAUACUUGUUUAUAAAUUAAAAGUUUGUUUUGUAUGGAAAGAGGAGACCUUCUUCCAGUAAGCCAGUUUAAUUUUUGCAUUUUGAGGUUUAAUUCCACGUGUUUUAUUUUAACGUGCUCUUUCCAGCAUAGUUUGGCAUCAAGCAUCAUCCCUAAGUACUUCGCGUUUUGGAGUAAGGAAUUUUCGUGCCAGAAAUAUAAACAGGAUAAUGUUGAAUUUUUUUGUUUGUAAAAUCCACAUGAAGUGACUUGCUUCAUUAAGUUUUAUACGCCACUUUGUAGUCUAUUCGGUGAUUUUGUUAACAUCUUCCUGAAGUUUGAGAGUGGACUGUGUCUUAUCGUCUCCAAUUGUUGAAAUGCACGUAUCGUCAGCAAAGGUAGCUAUAGUGCUAGUUUCCACGACAGUCGGUUCUACGUUACCGAAACGACCCGGAUUUAUAUCCGGCCAAGGACUGUCACUCCAGCAGCAUUCCCCGUAUGUAGGUAGGGGGAAUGUUUAUGCUGCUACAACAACAACAUAGUGCUAGUCUCAGAGACCGGUAGGUCAGAUGUGAAAAGCACGUAAAGUAUAGGGCCAAGGAUACUGCCUUGUGGAACCCCGGCUUUAAUUCGCUUUAGGCUUGAGAAAGAGCUAUCGCACUUGAUCCUGAAAUAUCUGUCAUUUAGAUACGAAGUAAAUAGGUCCGAAAACUCCCUUGGAAGCAAGAUUUUAAUUUUAUGGAGUAGUGCCAUACUUUGUCGAAGGCCUGAGCAACAUCGAGAAAUAUGGAAGAGCACACUUUUUUCUUUUCGAUUGCUUCUUCUAUCACAUUUGUGAUUCUAUGCACUUGUUCGAUUGUUGAGUGCUUUGCUCGAAAUUCGAAUUCAAUCAAAGGCUUUAACCGCUGCAGAAUUAGUUAUUCGAGUAGUUUGGACAUUAUAGGUAGCAAGGAGAUCGGACGGUAUGAUGACACUUAGUGGGGACUUUUGCCAGAUUUUGGUAUCAUCAGCGGUGAUAAGAUCGCCGAUCUCUGCAGGCGAAGACAAACAGAACUGAUUUUCAGCUUGAUGAAUAUCUGUAAGCAAUGGUGCAUGAUGAGCCCACAAGCCAUUGGAUUUUUUAAUUGGAGGGUUUUGUAUAGUUGGUGUUUUCUGGUAUUUUGUAGAUUUCCAUAGGGAGCAGUCAGUACUUUUUUCCCCUGUUAGUUUCUGUAUAUAAUGAUUGAAGGAUACAUUUUUCAGUUUAUUCAUUUCUUCUCUUAAAUAUUGAGUAAUUUUAUUUAACAAAGUUUUUAGCGAUGGUUGUCGGGUUCGUAGCCACUUUGGAUAGCGAAGUCCAGCUUGUUUUGCUGUUUGAGUUGGUGUGCUAUACCAUGCGGCAUUUUGGAUUUUUUGGGUAAGCAAUAAUACUUCUUCAUCAAUUUCAUUAUGUAACGAGAGUGUAUUUUGUUUUUCAACGUUUUGAUUAAGCGUAUAUUUGAAAUACUCCCAAUCAGUAAACUUGUUGGUCAGAGUAGGCGCUCGUUGUUUAAGUUCAAUGCCUUCACUUAGUUUUAAAUAUACGGGUGAAUGAUCUGAAUUAAGGUUUGUUCCUUCAUAUACUAGCAAGGAUUUUUUGCAAAUUUUUCUUACAAUGAAGAAGUCAAUUAGAUGUGGAGUUUUAUUUUGGUCUGUUGGCCAAUAAGAAGGUUUGCCGGUAAAGAUAAAUUCACAGCCAGUUUCUCUUGCACCUUUAUAGAGUUCACGACCUUUAGUUGUUGUGAGUCUCGAGCCCCAAUGAACGUGUUUUGCAUUGAAGUCUCCUUCUAUUAUGAGUCUCCCCAUAUGCUUUUGAAGUAGUUGUUUAUACUGCUCUGAUUUGAUAUUAUGUCUUGGGGGACUAUAUACCGCAGUUAAGCAUAUUUCGUUCGUUUCGACAUUUAUUGCUAUGCUGGUGGAUUGAAAUUCUUCAAAGCAAACUUUUUCUUUUUCAAUAUGUCGUAUACUAUUUUUAACCAGAAUUUCACUUCCUCCUCUGGCGUUGUUUAAAGGGUGAUGUGUAUAAUAAGUGCUGUAAAUUUUCAUUUUUGCAUAUUUGUGGGUUGUUAAGUGAGUUUCUGAUAUAAGACACACAUUUACUUUUUCUAUUUGAAGAACUAGUUCAAAUUCAUUCAAAUGUUAUGUUAGUCCGUUCGCAUUCCAUGUUAUAAUUCAAAGUGAUUUCUCCAUUCUUAUAAAUUUUUAUUUGCGAGCUUUUCGAGUCGAUCCAGACGUUUUUCCAGAGAUUUAUAAAAAGUUUCUUGCUGGUUUAAGAGCGAAUAAAUUUGGGAAAGUAUAUCAUUACUAUUGUUUCCAUUGUUUCGAGAUUUGGGUAUAUUUUCUCUUGCAAUAUCUGCAUAUGUUUUUGUUUGUGCUGUUUGGACUUCAGAGCUGCGUCUAUUUUCAGUGUAUUUAACAAAAUCAUUUCCACGGCUAGCUGAAGGAAAUGAUAGCUUAGUUGGAGCUAUUUUUGUCUUACCGUCUCUUAUCUUUUGUAGUUCCUUUGCUACCAGGCAUCCUCUGUAGUUUGCCGGAUGUUCCUCCCCACAAUUACAGCACUCGAGGUGGCUUGCAACAAUAGUUCUUUGUGUGCCCGUAAGAUUGCCAAGUUUUGCAUUGGGGUAUAUUCUAUAUGGCUUAAGAGGCUUAAUUUUGACAAUCGAACCCAAGAUUUUUGUAAUUUCGUAAAUUUUUUUAAUAUCCUCCUCACAUUUAAAGGAUAGUAUAAACAUGUUUAAUGGCUCUUUGGUUUUCCACUUUAGUUUAUUUAUUGCAUUUGUUAUUUCAGACCCCUGUUCUUUAAGAUCUGAUAUUAUAGAUACUGGGUCACAUGUGUGGUGUAGUUUCUUUACUAUAACUUUAAUUUCUCUUGUUUGUUUAUUUUCAAAGGAGUAAUACGGCAUAUUUGCCGUAGUUAAAAACGAUGUUACUUUUCGAUAAUCCAAGCUUUUAGUUAGAUUGAGUUUAAGAACGUUAUUGUUUUCAAGUUUGAUAGAAAAAUAAUUUUCACUUGGUUUUUAAUAUCAUUACACAAUUUCUGAUAAUUGACCACACCUGUUAUCAUUAUUGGUGGUGGUCGACGUUCCUUUGGCGCUUAUAUGCAAAGAUUUUAUUUCGUUUUGAUGUGCAGUUUCGGAGAUUGGUAAAGAUGGCAGAAUUUCGGGUGAUGUGUCUGCUUUGCGCUUCUUACUUGGGCGCCUUUUCUUAAGAAUCCAAUCAGUUUCACGUGCUAAUUCCUCGUCGUCGGUAUGAAAUUCUUCAAUUAUUUUGGAUGCACUUGAGCUGGCUCUUGACUUUUACAUAAUUUAAUAUUUUAAUUUUGUAAUUGCUCAAUUCUUUCUAAUUUUUCAUGCAGCUGCCUAUUUAUUAUUUUUUGGUCAGAUAAAUUUUUGAUUUCUGCGACUCCUCCCGGAGGCGGUGAAUGAAACAUACCUCAAUUUGUUGAUAUAUAUUUAUUAUUGCUGUUUUUUAAAUUUUUUUUUAUGAAUCUGGCAACCCUUAAUGUGAAGUGUUAUUGCAGAGGGUUUGUGUUCAGGAUAGUUAAGUUAUUGAACUUUUUCGUUCCUGCAGUUGGUUUAUGUAUAACUGACAACUUUUGGCGCAAACAGCUGAUUUGCAGUAAAUUUAUUGUUCUUUGGUUUAUUUAAGCUUUAUGCUCUUUUUUUUACAAUUGUACACCCGUUUUUAUGAAUAAAUGUUCAUAAUUACUCUACGUCUUGUGGGUCGGCCUGAGGGACAUACGAUACGACAGAUGUGUUGCUGCUGAAUAGCGACGAGCCACUGUUCUGCGCUAGCACAGAUGGUGACAAGUCUUCGGAUGGUUGCGGUUGUAGUUUUUCUACUUUGUUUUGUUCAAUUUUGUCCUGCAACUUAGAGAAGCAAUAAUUGCAAAUUCAGGGUCGACAGGUGUAUUCGGGAACAAUGAUUGCAGUUCCUGCGCCAUACUCCCCACUUUCUUGAAUUGAUUUUUUGUUUUCUCGUAAACAUGUUUUCUAUGAUUGUUUUCAAAAGCUUUGCAUUCUUGUUUUUGAAAAUAUGAGUUGGCUGACAUCUCAAUAUCGAUUACAGCGUGAAUAUGAAAUACAAGCGUUUUCGUCAAUUGAGAAAAAUCCGAUGUACUACAAUGGCUAUUGCAUGAUUUAAUUUUUUUUGAAAUGUUAAAAGAUGUCAAAAAUCAUUGAACAACAAUACGAAAAGUAGAAAAUCUGAUAGAAUCAAAUAAAAGUUAGUAUUAUUGAUGAAAAUAAAUAAAACGCUAAUAUUUGAUGUUUCUUUUCAUAAACCACUUAAUAAACCCUUAAAAAUUGAAUAUUUAUUCAUAAAAACGGGUGCACAAUUGUACAAUACGUGUCUGCAAUUGCAAACAUCUGUUUUACUUCAUUUCUUGCGUAUUUUAUCGAUGGCAAUUCGUAUAAAAAUGCAGAUACGUAAGUGUUUAAAAUUCAUGCAAACCUGCUUAUUAGCAGCAUUGUUUAUUCAAUUUAAUGAAAAUAAAUAUCAACGCUAUAUAAAAUGAAAUAGUUCCUGAACUACGAGAAAUAACUCACCGAAAAAUGUUGUUUAAA